AUGGCGUCGGCAGCAAGAAGUAUCCGUCCGCUUAUGCGACCAUUGUCCCUCCAGUCGCCUCUACGCCAGAGAGUCUUGUCGAAGCCAUGCAUCUCAUCCUCCCAGCCCCUCAGGCAGACCACAACCGGCGAACCUCACGACCUCACAAAUGCCAUCCCGACACCCCUCUCACACAUGUCCGAGACUGAGCAAAUGAUGCAAGAGUCCGUCUCAAAGUUCGCCAACGACAUCAUCCUACCCAAAGUCAGAAGCAUGGACGAGAAUGAGAAGAUGGACCAAGACAUCAUUGAGCAGUGCUUUGAGCAGGGUCUCAUGGGCAUUGAGAUUCCGGAAGAGUUUGGUGGCGCUGGCAUGAACUUUACUGCUGCCAUUGUCGGUAUCGAGGAGCUGGCAAAGGUCGAUCCUAGCGUUAGUGUCAUGGUUGAUGUGCACAACACUCUGGUCAACACUACUCUGCUCAAGUACGGUACCAACGAGAGCAAGCGCAAGUGGCUGCCUCAGUUGGCUACCAACACUGUUGGCUCCUUCUGUCUCUCCGAACCCAUCUCCGGCUCCGAUGCCUUUGCCCUCAAGACCCGCGCCGAAAGGACCGCCGAUGGCUACCGCAUCAACGGCUCCAAGAUGUGGAUCACAAACUCGCUAGAAGCAGGCUUCUUCAUCGUCUUUGCAAACCUCGACCCCUCAAAGGGCUACAAGGGCAUCACAGCCUUCAUCGUCGACAAGGACACCCCCGGCUUCAGCAUCGCCAAAAAGGAAAAGAAACUCGGUAUCAAGGCAUCCUCAACCUGCGUCGUAAACUUUGACGACUGCGAUAUCCCCAAGGGUAACUUGCUCGGCAAGGAGGGCGAUGGCUACAAAUACGCCAUUGGCAUUUUGAACGAAGGUCGUAUUGGUAUCGCUGCUCAGAUGACCGGUCUUGCUAUGGGUGCCUUUUCCAACGCUGCCAGCUAUGUCUGGAACGACCGCAAGCAAUUCGGCACCCUCGUCGGUGAAUUCCAGGGUAUGCAACAUCAACUCGCUCAAGCAUGGACGGAGAUUUGCGCAGCAAGAGCCAUGGUCUACAAUGCCGCUCGCAAAAAGGAAGCAGGCGAGGACUUUGUCAUGGAUGCCGCCAUGGCCAAGCUCUACGCUUCUCAGGUAGCCGGCAAGGUUUCCGGCCAGGCUAUCGAGUGGAUGGGUGGUAUGGGUUUCGUGAGAGAAGGACUUGCAGAGAAGUACUGGAGAGAUAGCAAGAUUGGUGCCAUCUACGAGGGCACGAGCAACAUUCAACUCACCACUAUUGCUAAGCUUUUGCAGAAGGAGUAUACCAAGUAA